ACCAGUCGCUGUAAAUUUUGACUGGUUAUUUUUACUUCAUACAGCUACAGCCUCUUCCUCUUAUCCACAAAAAUCAUCUCCGGUCUUCAAUGAAGACUAUAUAAUCCAAAGGCCCUUGCCCCUUCCUCUGAUUCGAAGGAUUUCAAGCUUCAUUUUCAGAUAAAAAUGGCGAUGUCGUCAUUGUCACCCGCUACGUCAUCCGUACGCUCCAUUUACCGACAACCCAGAAUAAGCCCUCCCAAAACACUCCUCUCUCUUCAAGGAAAUAAGUUGUCAUGGAGCUCUUCUGCGAGUUAUGUGAAACUUCAAGCAAAGGUUGCUCUUGUUGUAAAAGGGUUGCCAAAGAAGAGGGAUCCAAUCAUCAAGUGUGCCACCAUGGAAGAAAUCGAGGCUGAAAAAUCUCUGAUCGAAAAGAAUGCUAGAGAAAGGAUGGACAAGGCUAUUGACAGUGUGUUAUCAAAUUUUAAUUCUAUAAGGACUGGACGUUCAAAUCCAGCAAUGCUUGAUAAAGUCGAGGUUGAGUACUAUGGUUCACCAGUCAAUUUGAAAACAAUCGCCCAAAUCAGCACUCCAGAUUCAAGCUCUCUCUUAGUGCAGCCUUAUGACAAAUCAAGCUUAAAGUCUAUUGAGAAGGCCAUAGUCAACUCUGAUCUUGGUUUGACUCCAAACAAUGAUGGUGAAGUGAUAAGAUUAUCCAUUCCACAGCUCACAUCAGAAAGGAGAAAGGAGUUGUCAAAAAUUGUUGCUAAGCAGGCUGAGGAUGGGAAGGUAGCUAUCAGAAACAUAAGAAGAGAUGCAAUUAAAUCGUAUGACAAACUUGAAAAGGAGAAAAAACUCUCAGAAGAUAAUGUAAAGGAUUUAUCGGCUGAUUUGCAGAAAGUUACCGAUGAGUAUAUGAAGAAGAUUGAAUCCAUCUUCAAACAGAAAGAAAAGGAAGUGCUCACAGUAUGAUGAGAAUAUGCAUUGGGUUAUAUAUAUGAGAGGGCUACAUCAUCGACCAAUCUAAAAAGACAAGUUUUUAAUCUUUUGAAAUGAAGUUUAUCAACAUGUACGUGUCAUCUUUUUUGCAUUGAUUGUGAUCGAAUGCUAUGUAAUUAUGGUUUUGGUUUCUAAUUUCUUGGCUUGAUUCUGAUGGAAUGUAUUGAAAAAAUAGUAGCGGAUUAAAAAUUGCUAAACACGGGUUUUGA